AAGAGCGAAGAGGAAGUUGAAUUAUGGAAGGGCAAGAUCUGUCGCCGCCACAAGUGGACGCAUCUCGACCGUCGUUGGGUUUCCCUCUAGGCACUGCCCUCCUUCUGAUCAUCAUAUUCACCCUCAGCGGCGUGUUCUCCUGCUGCUACCAUUGGGAUAAGUUCCGCUCCUUCCGUCAAUCUCAAUUCCCUUCCUCUCCUACUAAAUCCAACCUCAACCAGGAAUCGAAGAAGCAAAACAGGGAAGAAAGCUUGCCGGUGUUGAUGCCAGGGGACGAGCUUCCCAAGUUCAUUGCGAUGCCUUGCCCCUGCCAGCCGUCGCGCCCUCACGAAGACAACACCGUCAUUGUGAAGGUGGAGAAGCCACUGCAGCUGCCGGCCAUCCCUUUAUAUUUGUGAGCUACCUAGCUAGUUAGACCAUAAAAACUCCAUCUCAUCCAUCAUAAUUCACAUAAUCUAAUAAUCUAGGCCAUAAUUACUUCAAUACAUGUAUGUAUAAGUAUAAGAUCCGUAGAGGCCAAGGGAUUUCUAUGUAGGAUAAUAGGUAUCAGUUGGUAGACUCUGGUGACUAUUCCAUUUCAUUCAAUCAUUGUAUCAUACGCCAUGUAGCUGCUAUUAAUUAAGGAAUCUCCAUCUAAAUGCUUUUUCUUUUUCUCA